AUGAAAGAGGACCCGAAGGAGAUCUAUGGAUGGAGGGUCUUUGCGCUUGCCUGCUCAGCUUGUUGUGGAGGAAUGCUCUUCGGCAUGGAUUCUGGUAUUAUUGGGGGUGUUCUCACCAUGCCUGAGUUCAAGAGGACAUACGGGUUGGAGGAUGCCUCCAAGGUGGAGCAGGCCAACCUGUCAGCCAACAUCGUGUCGACCCUCCAAGCAGGCUGCUUCUUCGGUGCCCUGUUCGCAUCCCCUAUUGCCGAAAAAUGGGGUCGGAAGACGGCCCUCAUGUCAGCAGCUGUAAUAGCUGUCCUUGGUAUUGUCAUGCAAUGCGCAGCAAGCGGCCACCUCGAGGCCAUGUAUAUCGGGCGACUGAUCACAGGUUUUGGUGUCGGUGCCGCGUCCAUGAUUAAUCCCCUCUACGUCUCCGAAAACGCACCGCGUGCAAUUCGUGGCGGUCUCACUGGUCUCUAUCAGCUCUUCAUCACAAUGGGUAUCAUGCUCGCUUUCUGGAUCAACUACGGCUCUCUGCUGCACAUCAAGGGCCCUGCUGUCUAUCUCGUCCCGCUAGCAAUGCAGGGUCUACCGGCUGUACUGCUGUUCGGCGGCAUGCUUCUGUGCAACGAGUCGCCUCGUUGGCUGGCUAGACAAGACAGAUGGGAAGAAGCGCGCGCGACGCUCUGCAAAGUGCGCAACCUCCCAGCUGAGCACCCUUACCUGGAAGCAGAGUUCCAGGCCAUUGCCACACAGCUCGAGCAGGAACGUGCUCUCGUCGGCGGAUCUGGUUUCUGGGAUCUCAUGAGAGAGAUGUGGACCAUUCCCGGCAACAGAAAACGUGCCAUCAUCUCAAUCAUCUUGAUGAUUUGCCAACAGAUGACCGGCACAAACGCAAUCAACUAUUACGCUCCGCAGAUCUUCAAAAACCUCGGUGUCGUUGGCAAUGCAACAAAUCUCUUCGCAACUGGCGUCUACGGUAUCGUCAAAAUGGUUGCCUGUGGCGUCUUCCUCAUCUUCGUAGCGGACUCCCUUGGCCGUCGUCGCUCCCUCCUCUGGACAUCCAUCGCACAAGGCCUAGCAAUGCUCUACAUCGGACUUUACGUUCGUAUCGCUCCACCCGUUGAAGGUGCACCCGUCAUUCCGGCCGGGUAUGUGGCGCUGGUGUGCAUCUUCCUUUUUGCAGCAUUCUUCCAAUUCGGAUGGGGACCUGUGUGCUGGAUCUAUGUCUCUGAGAUCCCGACUGCGCGCCUGCGAUCGCUGAAUGUUGCUUUUGGAGCGGCAACGCAGUGGUUGUUCAAUUUCGUGGUUGCUCGAGCGGUGCCAAACAUGUUGGCAACAGUUGGUGCUAAUGGUUUGUCUCUCGAGAAGAUGGAUGAGCUCUUUGGCGUCGCUCAGCUCGUCGAUCACAAGAAUGGCGAUGCGGAGCGUGGCUCUGUUGGAGGUGAUGUCUCUAUUGGGGAGGUCGGAAAAACUUCCCAGGCGCACGUUGAGAGAGUGGCCUAG